AUGCGAAGUCAAAGACCCGGAAGCCACCUCAACUACGAAAGCUAUACGGUGGCCUUGAUCUGUCCUUUGGAGGUGGAUUUAACCGCCGCCCGCUGUAUGCUCGACGAGGAGCAUGGACGAGUCCCUGGCAAUAAUAUCGACCCAAACUCAUAUUUACUCGGCACACUGAGCGGGCACAAUGUCGUCUUGACCUCUCUGCUCGAAGGGUCACAGGGGCCCAAUGCAGCAGCACUUGUGGCAGCGCAUUUGUUGCGGACUUUCACCGCGGUAGAGCUGCGUUUGCUGGUCGGAUGUGCAGGCGGCGUACCCAGCCGCAAUACCGAUAUUCGUCUAGGCGACGUCGUCGUCAGUACUCCAACUGAAACGUCCGGGGGUGUCGUCCAGUAUGACAUGGUGCGGGAAACUGUGGCUGGCUCCCAGCGAAAAGGGCUGAUUUGCCCGCCGCCGGCGCCAUGGAGAUCGAUCAUAACGAAGAUGAAAUCCGAUCACAGAUUGCGUGCCAAUCGCAUUGAUGAAUUCACCUCUAGAAUGAUGCACAAACACCCUGAGUUGAAGGCGUACUGGAGGCCGCCCCCCGAGCGAGAUGUUCUAUUCGCAGCAGACUAUAACCACACCGUGGCGGAAGCUCCAUGCACACAUUGCGACAGUAACAAAUACGUCGCCCGGGUUAGACGAACCCAGCCAAUGAAAUCGGAGAUAUUCUACGGUCUAAUUGCGUCGGGGAAUCGAGUGAUCAAGAAUGGCCUGAAGCGGGACAUCCUGGCUCAAGAGGCUGGCGGAGCGAUCUGUUUCGAUAUGGAAGCCGCUGGAUUAAUGAACGAUUUUCAGUGCGUCGUCGUCCGUGGCAUUGCUAAUUACUGCGACUCCCAUAAGAAUGACGAGUGGAACGGAUAUGCCGCCGCAGCUGCUGCAGCGGUUGCUAAAGAGAUGCUCACAUACAUACUUCCAGUUGAGCCUGUUAUGCGCAUGGAUACCCUUAGGUUGCGAGACCGGAGAUUGGGGUUCUCAGGGGAAUUGCGUACCUACAACUGA